AUGUCUCAAAGCAUGCCCUCGGAGCCGGUUACAAACAACACCGUGGUUGAGACGAAAUCCGGAGCUGGGGCAAAACUCCAGCUUCCGUAUGAAUUGGGGUUGCGACUCAACCAGAUUUACCCGAAGGAGCAACUACAAUUGCUCCGGAAAGAGAAACCAGAUAUCCCUAUGGAACCGUUCGAGUGCAGUCAGGUGGCCAGAGACCUUACAAGAACAGUUAUGGAAAUGGAACAUGUUAGUCGCAACAUGAGCGAAUGGUAUACCAUCACUCGUGACGAUCGAUUGAAGAUUGAGAAGCAAUUUGCCGACGAUGAGGAGAUGCGUAUACCUAAAGACAAUUUCUCAAUUCUAUCGUGGGAGCUUUACGAUGCUCGUACUUUAUUUGAGAGCAUGGCAAAUGAUUUAGUUAUAGGACUUACGUGA